AUGGGUGGUUGCUGUAUUCGAAACGAUGACUACGAUGAAAUAAAGGAGACUGAUGAAAGCAUGGUAAGUCUCAACUCAAGAACAAAAUCAGCUGUAAAGGCAAUUCCUCCGUCAAAAUCCAAUGAAGAAAUCAUCAAUGAGUUCCUUUCAGAAUUUUACCAGUCCAUGCAUAAUGAGCAAAAAAUAGUUUCCAGUUUUAUUCACUCUGUCAUUGAGUAUCUAGGCAAUGCUGGGCAAUAUAUCCAUGAAAUAGGAAUCAACACAAAAAUCAAUCAAAUGAGAGACUCACAAGGUCCUGAAAAACUUAAAAAUUAUGUGGAGCUUAGGCUUGAAGAAACUGAAAUGGAGCAAAGGCUGAUCGAGCAGCUUGUGGCAGUUGCUGAAAGACUUGUAGAAAUUGACAAAGAAAAAGCAGAUCAGUUAAAUGAUGAAUUUAAUUUACUUUUUACUCUUAUCGAUGAAAAUAACCCCUUAAAAUCCCAAAUUGAACUGUUGAAAGCAAAAGAGGAUGAAUAUUUAUCACAAAAAGGUGUGAAUUUAGCACAAACUGCUCUAAGACUUGUAAAUAGAAUUAAGCUUGAAAGAGAGUUAACGUCAAUUAAACUUCAGCUUGUAGAGAAAAACCCAGGCACAGGGAUGAUUGAGAUCUCAAAACUUCGAGACAUUGAAGAAGCUAUAGAAAAAAUGCUUAAGCUAAGUUUCAAUAUUUUCUAUCAAGUUGAUUUUGUGCAUUAGCUUUGCAUAAUAAAUAGAGACCUAAUAGCAUUGAAAAAUAAAUUUUGUAAUAGAAUUCAGCCUAGCUCACUCCCCCCCCCUCCGUGAGUGAACAAAACCAUUAGAAAAAUCGCUAUUUUUUGCCCCAAAAACCCACCCUCCGUGAGUGAACAAAAAUUUUUUUAAUAGAAAAAAUUUUUAUUGAAAAAAAUUUAGAUAUAUAAAUGAUAAUUAGUAUAAUGAAAUCUAGAGCUAAUUCUGUUUUAAUUUUAAACGAAUUGCUUUUUUAAAACAUAAAUUUUAUAAAUUAAAUUAAUAUUUACUUUCCAAUUUUUGCGAAUUAGGAUUGUUUAAAUUUCGAAAAAACAUAUUUUUUAUAAAAUUUAUACAUAAAUUUUUUAAAAAAAAAAAUAACCCCCCUCCGUGAGUGAACAAAAUUUUUUUAUUCACUCACGGAGGGGGGGGAGUCAGUAUAAUUUGCAGAAGGUGUCUGAAGAAACUUCUGGGUCAAUUUAUGAAAAACUAGAAGAUUUGAAAAAGUCUGCAUCAGAAGCAUACGCAUUUAAUUCUGAAGACCUCCUGCAUUCAAUAAAGCAUAAAUCUGAAAUAAUUGUAAAUAUUCAAACAGAAGUUGCAAAUUAUUUCAAUGAAAACACUAUAGAGAGCGAAAUCAAAGCAUUGGAAAGUAAAAUCAAGCGUGUAGUUGAAAAGAUGGAUAAUUCAAGAAGAACACAUUUGCCUGUUAUAGAAAAAGCCUUUGAGGUCAAUGACAAAUAUAAUUCAUUGAGCUUUCAUCAAGAAGAAAUAAAGCACCAUAGAGGGGCAUAUAAAUCUGUCGCAGAUUUGCGUGAAAAGAUACUUAAGCUACUUGACAGCUUGUCUGGUCAAGAUGAAUAUUUGCAUAAAGUUGCAGAAGGAAUUAAUACAGUCAGAGACAAAUUUGACAAUCUUGACGCUCAAAUUCAAGACUUAAUUAAGCAAGAAAUUCGAGAUUUAUCUAACACAAUUUCACUAGAAAACUCUGAACUAAGAGAAAAUUUAGAAAAAAUUAAAUCAAUUUCUGGGGAACUAGAAAUUGAUUCUUCGAGUGACAUCAUUCAGCAUUUAUCCCAAAUUGCGGGUAGGAUGAAAAUAAUGGAUAGCAUUGAUUCACUUAGAAGAAAUGCAAGAGAAAUAUCUAAUAAAGAAAGCAUGAAACUUAGAAGUUCUUUUCAUGAAAUGAUCAGUGAAAUAGAAUCGAAAAAAUCACUUGCAGAAUCUGAACAAGAGCAAAUGCAGACAAAAUUGGCUGCAUUAGAAGGAAACGCUGAGAGAGAUAAAGAACUUAUUAAAAAAUAUACUCAAUUAAACUCAGAGCUUGAAUUAGAAAACACAAAACUCAAAAAUUCUUUAUCUACUCUCAGUGUUGAAAGUGAAGAUUUCACAGACAAAAUUUCAAGGCUAGAAGAAGAAAAUGAAUCUUUGGAGAAAAAUGAGAAAAAAAUUAAGAAAAAUUUAAGAGAAAAGGAAAAUGAACUGAGGGAAGCAAAUGAUAGGAUAUCAAGUUUGGAAGAAGAGACUCAGAAAUUAAAGACAGAAGUCAAGAAAUUAAAAGAAACACUGGAGAAAAAAGAAAGUGAAGUUGAGAUCAUUGAAUAA